AUGAAGAAUCUCUUUAACAGCUAUAAAGGCUCCAGUAUGUGGAACAUCAUCAAAGCAAAGAAGAAGUCCCCCGGAGAAAAAAAGCCUUUCGAAGAGAUAAAAUUCGAAACGACCCCGGUACAUGGCAUAUACAAAACCGACAAAACUAGAAGAAGAUUUCUCGUUGCCAUCCGACAAAUAAGAAAUCGAAGAGACAGUGAAGGUAUAUUUCAAGACGCUCCUACCAGCACUUCUCCCAAUGUUUCCUCUGAUCAACCCUCUUUCACGAAUAGUGAGGGUAGCGAAAGCCUCGCUGCAGGCUACAGCUACCUUCGCGAUCAACUUGAGGUACAAUACAGUGAGAUUCUGAAUCGUUGGAUGUUUAAGGAAGAGCUAGAAAAGCGGUAUAUUCGACCCGUCGAAUGUGGCGGAAAAGCGGUCCACAUGUUUCGCCUCGACAAUCCCGCCAUCUAUGUUGUCGUUGUAACUGAAAAGGUGGGAAAAAGUGGAGUGCCAUCCUUAAGACCCAAGGCGCAUAAAGAUCAUAAGGGUAUCAAUGAAGAUCUCUGGUGCCGCAACUACCUGAAUGGCGCCUUCAGAAAGAUGAAAGAUGAAGAGGCGGCAAAAGCACGACAGGAAAUGGCGGAGAAGAGACAUGACGCUUGGUGUGAGACGGGAGAUCAACCUUACUUGAAGAUCCAGAGAUAUCUGCAAAGUACUAUCUCUUUUACUACACCUUUUGCAAAUUGA